AUGAACGUAAUCCCAUCCGAUGAUCAUAAAAGAUCUGCCACAAGACUACCUUUGGGUGUAACAGUCCAACCUUUUGCUACAAUUAUUCCUGAUGAAAUUCCAGUUGUAGAAAUGACAAAUGGAAUUGAGCCUUUGCGUUGUAGAAGAUGUAGAACUUUCAUCAACCCAAAUUUUCAAUUCACUUAUGAUUCAAGCGUUACUUGUAAUAUUUGUGGUAUUAAGAUGAGAUUAGAUCCUGAACAAUUCUCGCCAAUUGGGGCAGAUGGUAAAAGGUCCGAUUUCACUAUGAGGCCAGAAUUGUAUUUGGGUACCGUCGAUUUUUCUGUGCCAAAAGAAUACUACAUUAAUCCAGAUAUUGAACCGUUACCUUUACAUUACGUUUUCUUAAUUGAUGUUUCUACAUUUGCCAAUGAAAAUGGUUCCAGUAUAGCAGCAAUUGAAGGUGUUAAAAGAUCAGUCGCGUUUAUUGCUGAUAAUCAACCUAACUGUAAAGUAGCUAUUAUUACCUUUGAUAGUAAAUUGAAAUUUUACAAUUUAAGAAAUAAUUCAGAAAAUGUCCAAGAAUAUAUUAUAACUGAGGUAGAAGACGUUUUCUUACCGUUCUAUCAUGGUUUGUUCGUAAAGCCAUCGGAAUCAGCAGAAACCAUUGAAAAUACUUUGCAAAAGAUAACUGAAUAUAUUAUCAAUGAUAAACAUUCUCAUAUCCCACAAAACUGUUAUGGUUCUGCACUACAAGCGGCAAAGCUUGCCUUAGAUACAAUUACUCAAAAUCAAGGUGGUAAAGUUGUAUGUACUUUGAGCUCUUUACCUUCUUUUGGUAGUGGAAACUUAUCUACUAAAAAAGAUGAUGCAUCAAAAAGUUCACUAAAACCAGAAAGUGAAUUCUAUACCCAUAUGGCACAUUCUUACCUAAAAUCAUAUAUAUCUUUGGAUCUUUACGUCACAAGAUCAUCCUUUGUUGAAAUGGCCGCCACUGCAUAUCCUGUUAAAGUUACAGCAGGUCGUUUGAAAUAUUACAACUCAUUCGUUUAUGAUAGAGAUCAAAGCAUCUUAGCCGAUGAUAUGGUUGAAAAUAUUUCAAGUAUCAAGGGUUACCAGGCUAUGUUGAAAGUUCGUUGUUCAGAUGGUUUAACAGUUUCGGAUUAUAAUUCUGUCACUUUUAACAAUUCUGAUUCUCCUCCAAUACUUCCAGUUAUUACCAAACAUACCACAAUUGAUGCAGGUUUGAAAUUUACUACAAAAUUGAAAAAUACUAAUAAAAUGUUUUUCCAAACCACUCUGUUAUACACUGAUGUGAAUGGUACUAGAUUAGUGAGAAGUAUAAACACAAGUGCAUCCGUUUCCAGUAACAUCAAUGAUAUAUUUAAAUAUGUCAAUCAAAAUGUUGUUAUGAGAUUAUUAAUAAGUGAGAUAAUCGUAAGUUCCGGAGAUUGUGAUUUUAUCAAGAUUAGAAAAUCUAUUGAUGAUAUUUUAGGGGAUAUCCUAACACAAUAUAGAGCAUUAGUUAGUGGUAACUCGUAUAACCAAGUUUACUUUGCAGAUUCAUUAAAGACUCUACCUGCAUACAUUUUGGCAUUUGAAAAAGGUGAACUAAUGAAACCAAAUUCUCAAUCAACGCGUGGUAAUGAUCGUAUUUAUGACUUAUACAAAACAUUGACAUUUGACCCGGUUGAAUUAUGUUUUAAACUAUAUCCACAAAUCAUACCAUUACAUGUACCAUUAAGAAAUGAAGAUUUAACAUUUUACGAUGCAAAUUACAAACUUUUGCAAGUAUCAUUAGAUUCCAUUGAGAACUUGGCUAUUAGAAAUAGUCAUGAUCAGUUUAUAAAUGGUGGUUGUUAUCUUGUAUUCAAUGGUGAAACUGUUUUCAUCUGGUUUAAUGAAAAUACGAAUAGAUUAUUACUACAAGACUUAUUAUUGGUUGAUUCUGGAUUACCAAUUCAACAAAUUUCUAUUACAAAUAACAAGCUACCAAAAAUGGAUACAUUAAUAAACAAGAAAGCAUCUGACAUUAUUAAAAAUUGGUCACAAUUGGUUGGUAGAAGUUCGUUACCUCUAGUUCCUUUAAGACCAAAUAUUGACCAAUAUUAUAAUUCUGUAAUGUCUAACAUUCUAAGUGAAGAUGCAACUAUGAAUAAGAUUCCUUCAUUGGAUAAUUAUAUCUUAACAUUAGAACGUUACUCGCAGUCAAAUUUGAAAAACAAAGAAUUCAUAAAGUCUUCUUCUGUAGUUGAAUCAGAUCAAACCCAUCAAAAAUUUGUUCAAUUCUAA